GUGCAGGCGAGGGCACUGAGAAUGCCUGUCAACCGGGACGCGAUCCAGGCAUUCGGGCGCAAAGCUCGUCGUGCUCUCGAGAACGCAGCAUCUACGGACGCCGAGCGUGUGCAGUACAGCGGCUUCAACGCGUCCGAGGGGUGGGUAAAGAAGUUUGUCAAGCGCAACACCCUGCACUCCCGUACACUUCACGGCAAAGCAGGCAGCGUCGACGAUGAAGCCAUCGCCGAUCGCCUCAGAGUAAUCCGCGAGACGUGCGCUCAGUAUGCCCCAGAAUGGGUCUACAACGCCGACGAAACCAGGCUGUGCUACAGGAUCAUGCCCAAGGCUACAUACCUCGCACCAUCAGAGCUCAAGAAGACCGUGCGAGGCGUGAAACGUAUGAGAGCGAAGGAUCGAGUCACCGCCUACAUGGCUACGAGCGCCAGCGGGCGUAAGGUGCCGCUGUCUUUUAUCGGCACAGCCAAGGAGCCCCGGUGCUUCAAGAUCCGGGGCUCACCCAUCGAGUACUUCAGCCAGAAGAACGCGUGGUCGGACGCGCGAGUGUUCAAGCUGUGGUGGUUGCAAGUGUUCCUGCCACACGUGCGCUCCGUCACCAGCGAGAAGGUUAUUCUCAUCAUGGACAACCACGGCAGCCACGCCGACCUCGUAGACCCCAAGGAGCAGGUGAAGAUUCUUGAGCUGCCACCCAACUGCACGAGCAAGCACCAGCCCAUGGAUGCCGGGAUCAUCGCAGCCUGGAAAGUGCGGCACAGGACGAAGCUACUGCGGAUUCGCGUCGACACGAUGACGUCGGCGGCGCAGCUACGGUAG